UGCUUUGCAAGUCUUGAGAAAGCUGUGGAGUUCAACUGUCGAAUUUUUCUUUUUUAUAAGUAGAGUCUUGACUCUUCCCUGCGAAGUUCACUCUUGCAAAAAGAAAGCUGAAGAAGAACAACCCAAUGUUUGCUGCCAAACCACUCUCUGCCUUCAAGUCGGAAGUUUCCGGCCUGGUCUUCCGGCUUCCCUCGCCUGCUACCGGCCACGGGAGGAGGUCGAGGGCGGUGGUGGGUCGGCCAUCCAAGGUCAGUGGGGGUGGUGGGUGGGUGAGGGCAGCGGUUAGCGGCGGGGACAACAAGACUGUGGAGGCAGAGAAGCCGGUGGAUGGGAAGGACUUGAAUGGGUCAUUGCCAUCAUCUUCAUCGUCGUCUUCUUCAUCUUCAUCAUCUUCUUCUUCUUCGGGGAAACUUGAUGUGAGAGCAGUUAUUUCAAUAAGGAAGAAGAUCAGGCAGAAGCUGGUCGACAAGAUCGAGGACUCAUUGGAGUCUUUCAUGAAUGGAAUCGGUCAGGGCAUCAUGCUUCAGCUUGUCAGUGAGGAGGUCGAUCCUGUCACACAGUCCGGGAAGACCAUUGAGUCCAGUGUGAGAGGGUGGUUGCCAAACCCUUCACUACACUCCUACGUAGCUGAGUAUGCAGCUGAUCUUAGGGUCCCUCAGGACUUCGGUUGUCCGGGAGCUGUCCUCAUCACCAAUCUCCAUGGCAAGGAGUUUCACUUACUCGAGAUCGUGAUCCACGGUUUCAGCGAAGGUCCGAUUCAUUUCCCUGCCAACACUUGGAUCCACGCCCGGAAGGACAAUCCCGAGAGCAGAAUCAUCUUCCGGAACCAAGCCUAUUUGCCAUCGCAAACGCCAGUAGGCCUUAGAGAUCUCCGGCGUGAAGACUUGUUGAGCAUCCGGGGCAACGGAAAAGGCGAGAGAAAGCCUCACGAGCGGAUAUACGAUUAUGCUUUGUAUAACGACUUGGGAAAUCCUGACAAAGAUGAUGAUCUUGCUAGGCCAGUAUUGGGCGGGGAGGAGAGACCUUAUCCGAGGCGGUGUCGAACGGGCCGUCCACCUAUGCAAACAGACCCACUUUGUGAGAGUAGAAUUGAGAAGCCCCACCCGGUGUAUGUGCCUCGCGAUGAGACUUUCGAGGAGAUCAAGCAGAACACCUUUGCUGCUGGGAGGUUAAAAGCUCUGCUCCAUAAUCUGGUGCCACAAAUCGCUGCAACAUUGUCGAGCUCAGAUAUUCCGUUCAAGUGCUUCUCAGAGAUCGAUAAGCUGUACAUCGACGGACUCCUUCUGAAAGAUGAAGAGCAGAAUGAGGCCAAGGGCAAUCUGGCAUUAGCGAAUCUGAUGAAAGAGGUCUUAACAGUAGGCGAGAGGUUGCUGAAGUACGAAAUUCCUGCUGUCAUAUCAAGGGAUAGAUUUGCAUGGCUGCGUGACAAUGAGUUUGCACGCCAAGCUUUGGCCGGGGUUAAUCCAGUCAGCAUUCAGAUUUUGAAGGAAUUUCCUAUCCUUAGCCAGUUGGAUCCUGCUGUUUACGGCCCUCCUGAUUCGGCGCUCACCAAGGACCUGAUAGGACAAGAACUCCACGGAAUGACUGUCGAGCAGGCUAUAGAGGAGAACCGGUUGUUCAUAAUUGAUUACCACGACAUGCUUCUGCCGUUUGUCGAUAAGAUCAACUCCUUGUCAGACAGAAAAACUUAUGCCUCCAGGACUAUCCUCUUCUAUAAUCCGGCCGGCAUUUUGAAGCCAAUAGCUAUUGAGCUUUCGUUGCCUCCGACACGUUUUAAGCCCUGCAACAAAAGGGUUUACACCCAAGGGCAUGAUGCCACAGCUCACUGGCUUUGGAAGCAAGCCAAAGCCCAUGUCUGUGCCAAUGAUGCCGGGAUACAUCAACUAGUAAAUCACUGGUUGAGGACUCAUGCAUCCAUGGAGUCCUAUAUAAUUGCAACCCAUAGGCAGCUCAGCUCGAUGCAUCCGAUUUACAAGCUUCUUCACCCGCACAUGCGCUACACGUUGGAAAUUAAUGCACUAGCUCGACAGAGCCUAAUUAACGGAGGAGGAAUAAUCGAGGCCUGUUUCAGCCCAGGAAAGUAUGCUAUGGAGUUAAGUUCCGCUGCAUACAAGAGCGUGUGGCAGUUCGACAUGGAGGCAUUGCCUGCUGAUCUCAUUCGGAGGGGAAUGGCAGUGGAAGAUCCUUCGGCGCCCCACGGCCUGAGGCUCAUCCUCGAAGACUACCCUUAUGCGAACGACGGCCUCCUCAUAUGGUCUGCCAUACAAGAAUGGGUCGAAUCCUAUGUCAACCACUUCUAUUCAGACCCCGGAUCAGUCGUGUCCGACGUCGAGCUCCAAGCCUGGUGGGAUGAGAUCAAGAACAAAGGCCACUACGACAAGAGGAAUGAGCCAUGGUGGCCGAAGCUAGACACCAAAGAGGACUUGUGCACCAUCCUGGCCAUUAUGAUAUGGACAGCUUCAGGCCAGCAUGCGGCCAUAAACUUUGGGCAGUACCCAUUUGGAGGGUAUGUGCCCAACAGGCCGACCCUGAUGCGGAGGUUCAUCCCUCAGGAGGAUGAGCCCGAGUACGAGAAGUUCCUGCUGAACCCGCAGCACACGUUCUUGACUUCAUUGCCAACCCAACUCCAGGCCACCAAGGUGAUGGCGGUGCAAGACACGCUGUCGACACACUCGCCCGAUGAGGAGUACUUGGGCCAGGUGAACCAGCUCCACGGGCAUUGGAUCAGCGACGACCGAGUCUUGGAAUUGUUCGAGAGGUUCUCACACAAGCUCGAGGACAUAGAGAAGAUAAUCGAUACGAGGAACAAGGACAAGCGUCUGAAGAACCGAACCGGGGCCGGCGUCCCCCCUUACGAGCUGUUGCUUCCCUCGUCCGGUCCUGGGGUGACAGGCCGAGGGAUUCCAAACAGUAUAUCCAUUUGAUUUGCCUCUGCUGAGGUCACCUUUUGCUCUUUCUUCAAAAUCUUCUUGAGGAAAGGCAUGUUGGAUAUGGAAGCAAGAACUGUCAAACUCUCAACUGGUGGUGUCCAACAUUUUGCGGGCAAUCAAGAAAACCGAAGCGUUAAUGUCG